AUGCUGGGGAAGCUGCUUGGGCACGUUGCACUGUGGCAGCAGGUGGCUUGGCUGGUCCUGCGCCCUGCCAGAGCUGCUGGCAGCAAGGCAAAGGAUGCCCAGGACAUGGCUUUGCAGAUAGCUGACCCAGGUAAGGAAGCUUUCAGGAAUGAAAGAAGGCCUACAGAUUUUGAUUAAAAGGUCCUGGUAUGGUCAGGAUGCUUUAAAAAGGAGGACAUUCCCAGGCACAUAUCGUCUGAGGUCAUCAACACCGCAAGGAACAUUGUCAGGAUAAAGGUUUGCUACAUCAUGAUUGCACUGACUGUGCUGGGUUGUGUGACCAUGAUCAUCACAGGCAAAGAAGCUGUGAAGAAGGAUCAGACACUGCUAAGGGUGAACACAGAAAAGAAGGCCAAAUGGAGGGCUGAAGUGGAGAAAGAUCAGGAGGCAGCUGUCAGGAAGUCACAAUGA